AUGGGACAGAUCUGGACUACUUCUUCCCCAACCGGAGCCUCUUGUGGCAAGAGAGUGUUAUUGCUGCCUGGGGAGCUGACUGAGCGUUGCUUCCGAGAUCUGCAGACUCAGGACCUGGUGAACGUGUAUCCGACCUUCAUGGCCGACUUCCUUCGCGACUCUCCGGAAAGUACGGCCAACUCAGGUUCCGGUGAUCCGAACCGCUGGAACCACUUCGUCGUUAGCCAGGCCACCUUGCUCAAGCGCCAGAAAGUGAUUAAGCUGGUAGCCUCGAAAGGUGUCAAAGCCAACCAGAAGCCUGCAUGGCCCGAGGUCAAGGAGGGAGGUAUGUGGUUCCAGGCUGGUGCCUCACGGGUGACACUUCGCUGCAAGGUGGAGUGCCGGAGAAUUUACCGCGAAACUCACUUGUAUCGGGCUUUGUGCACUUUGACCGGAGUCGUCUAA